AAAGAUAUAAACUAAAAUUGAAGUUUGAAGCAGAAGUAAUAAGAAAAUAACCUCACUACAGAAAAUAGAAACUAAAUGGGGAAAUAUAUUUUCUUCUAUUUGUGACUUUGAAUUUUGUAAGAAAUGAAUUUUACUUUGUUUAGAAGUGUUUUGCGAAACGUUACCUCAGUAACAUACCGAUCAAAUAAAGUAUUCAGUCUUUGCGGAUUGCCACAGGUUCCGAGAACCAUACACACGACAUGUAAACAGUACGAUUUAAUGGAAUUUUUUGACGAGAAAAAGAAUUGGAAUGAAUCAAAUAUACGAGUGGGAAGAUCUUGGAAGUUAGACGAACUAAGAAUAAAAUCCAAUGGAGAUUUACAUAAAUUAUGGUAUGUCUUGUUAAAAGAACGUAAUAUGCUCUACACUAUGGAACAUGAGUGUAAUGAAAAUGUUAAACUUUUUCCUAACCCAGAGAGGAUUGAUAAAGUGCAAGAAUCAAUGGACAACAUAGAAACAGUUAUACGAGAGCGAAACAUAGCCUAUUAUAAAUUAGAAACUGGAGAAACUGGUGAACGUUCCGUAGAUGAAGUAGUAAACCUAUUGGGAUUAAAUGAAAAAUAUCAAAAGCAAGAAUACUAUUUACCAAAGUUUAUGAAUACACGUUGGGUUCGAUCAUAUUUUGAACAUGGAUAUAUAAACAGCUUAGCAGUGAAGAAAUUCUAUAGAUUAUAUAAAGAAAAGUUAUAUAAUAUAGAGAGAAAAGCACGAAAUAGAGAUUUUAGUCAUGUUCAACAUUUACUAAAACGUUUCCCAGAUAUGGAUAUGGAAAAAUUAAAAGCUGAAUAUCCAAAUGUAGACAUAGAGAAAGCAAAACGCUCUAAAAAAGCAAGAGGCCAUUAUAUGCCAAAAUAUUAAUUUGAUUUAUAUAUUUUUCAGAAUUAAAUAUUCUGAGCUGAUUCUGUUUGCUUUUGUAAAAUCUAUUAAACCUCAGAAUCAUAAAAUAAAGACGGAACUAACCGUUAUUCAGAAUUAAAAAUGUUUAGUUUAAACUAUAUCAUGUCAAUAAAAUUAACUGAUCCUGUGUA